CAGUUCCGGAACGGACAAAUCUUCAAGGGUUUGGUUCUCGCGGUGGUGCCAGUGAGAGCCACGGAGGACGCGGACGAGGCCGUGGUCGCGGCAAGCAAAAUUAAUGGAUUCCAGUGCCCAAGCUGGGUCGUCUGGUGCGCGAUGGCAAGAUCCGCACCCUGGAGGAAAUCUACCUGUACUCGCUCCCGAUCCUGAGCCGCUCGCUCAAGGACGAAUGUGCUGAAGAUCAUGCCCGUCCAAAAGCAGAAUCGUGCCGGUCAGUGUACCCGUUUCAAGGCGUUCGUCGCCAUCGGUGACUCCAACGACCACAUUUGUCUCGGCGUCAAGUGCAGCAAGGAAGUGCUCACUGCCAUCCGCGGUGCCAUUAUCCUGGCCAAGCUGUCGGUCAUGCCAGUUCACCGUGGUUACUGGGGCAACAAGGUCGGCAAGCCCCACACCGUGCUCUUCAAGGUCUUUGGCAAGUACGGUUCCGUCCUGGUACGCCUCAAUCCGGUUCUCAGUGAUACCGGCAUUGUGCCGGCCCCGGUCCCGAAGAAGCUGCUCCAGAUGGCCGGUAUCGAGGAUUGCGUCGGAGUCACGAAACCAGAAAUCCGGGUCACCAGCUACACCAAUCUCUCCGGUGGUUCUACAGCCAUGUUUCGCUGAAAGUGAUUCAAGAAACUGGGAUGCCGGUUCCAAAUUUCGAUCUGAAUAGUUCAGUCCGGAUAAAAGUAAUCAGACUAAGCCGGCGGAACUUGCCACCUCAUCUUUACAUUUCCGACAAUGAUUGACACGGAUGUCCGGUAUCUUUGUGCCUUGCUAAGUGAUUCGAGCUUGGCCGGAGCUUCGUUGGUGGAGGCCCACAGCCAUACUUCAACAGUAUUAGCCAUUGCGUACAAAAA